CGCGAGUUAUGUGUACACUAUCAUCCCAACCAGACACCACACAACAAAAUAUUAUAAAUUGGACAAAAUAAAAGAUUAAAGAAAAACAAGUAAACAUUACAAAAAAUAUAAGAUAACAAGUAGAGAUAAAGAACAUAAUGCAAAUGUAUACAAACAUGUUUUGGUCCUUAUGUUUGACUAUAAUGAUAACCCAAACAUUAUCGGGUAAACCCCACAGUCAUGUUUGUUUGCAUUCAAUAGAAAAUAAGAUUACAUUUUACAAAUAUUGUAUUUCAUAAGAAAAUAAACAAAACAAAGAAAUAGAUUAAGAAAAUUGUAAUCACUUUAGUAGUUAUAUAAGCAGAACAUAACUUGAAACAUCAGAGAAUAAAAUAUAAUGUCAUAGAAAUAACAUCAUUGGCAUUUUUAUUCCUCCGCUCGAACAAACCUAAAACUGGCGCAGUCGGUAAAAACAAACUGCAAAGUUGAGCGAUACUAAAAACUGAAGUUUUUAAGUUUCGUAAGCUUUAGCAACGGGAAACAAAUCUUAAGAUUAGCUCCCAUUUUAAAAAGAUCUCUUAUAUAUACAAAUAUAUAAGUCGGUCGGCACAGAUAGCCAAGUUUAAGAAAUUUAAGUUUCUACACAAGUUAUCUGGAACGUCGGAGAGCGACUCCGAGGACUACAAUUUGUGAAGGCGAAGAAUAGCUUCAUUCCGCCCAUCAACAUUACCAGGAAGAGUGGGAUUAAAGAUUAAUGCCCCACACACAGAAGACGCAGAAAGAGCGAAGUGCAACAACAACAAGUUCAGUUGUAAUAAAAGAGGAUACAUCAGCAAUGAAUCCAGGCGAGCAGCAACCACUUCAGAUGACAGGAUCGCAAAUUUUGAAGGAAGCUUCAAGAAUCAUGGACUUUGACGGCAGAGAUUUAUCAUCAUUCAUCAGGGAAGUUGACAUGAUCCUUCCUUUAUUCAACCCCAACCCAUCAAUGUUGGAAUUUGUAACGCAGCGACACGUCAAAACAAAAAUUAAAGGAGAAGCAGCAAGUGUCAUCCGGCCUUUGGGACCUACACCAACAUGGCAGCAAAUGAGAGAAGAACUCAUAAAGAAUUUUGGAGUAAAGGAGUCGUACCACACCCUUUACAAUCAGGCGAUUGUACUACGAAACUAUAACGUCAAAUACAUCUUCAAAAUAACAUUGAUGAUAGCAAUUGUAAUAAUUAGCAAUGCAGCCAAACUGGAAGUACAUGAAAUACAUACCGACAAUGGAUACGCAGAAAUCAUCACCAACACUAAACAGAUUGUUACAUCAUCUGACCUCCUGCAUAAGAAUGUGCAAAAGGCUUAA